AGCAAUGGCUUUGAUUGCAUUUAAGAGAAUAUAAGUUACAUUGUGCUUGUGUAUAUAAUCUGGUUGUAUAUUGUUUAGAAAUUACAGAAAAAUUGUAUGAAUCUAAGUUUGAAUUUUAUUUUAUAUUAAAGUUGGAGAGAAAUCAAGUGCCAUGUGGUAAGCUCAGAUGGUAGCACAUGGCUUCUCUAAUUCCAAUGUAAUUAGUACAAGGUAGGAAACUAGGGGUAAGGGUUUCAAAGGCUUUUUUCAAUUCAAUCAGUUAAACAUUAUUUAGUGUUAAACAUUAUUUAUUAUAGUAAUCAAAACCCUCUCUUUUUUUUAAGCCCAAUGCAGGACUUGGAAACUGUGAUUUUUUCAUGACACAAAACUUCAUACUAUUUUCAUUACAAAUACUAUGAGCUAUUAAUAUUUUAGCUUUACCUAACAAUUAAUUAACCCUCUUCUCUUCCAUUCAAAUUUUUAUUAGUUUCUGAAUAUUACAUAUAUGUUAUGUUAUGUUGUUACCUUUUAUUGAUAAGUUCUGGCAAAAAAAUGUGAAGUAAUAAUAAUCCUUAUCCAAUUUGAGUUAGAAAAAAAAAACAAGAUUAACUCUUAAACAAAGGAUUAUUACUACUAAAACCCUUAAUUGCACCUUAACUAUUUUUUUUUCCAUACUUUUUUUGCCAUUUAUAUAUGGUGUGUGAAAGCAAAGUUUCUAAUAAAAUGUUUUCUUAUUAUUAUUUGUGUUUAUUCAAGAGUACUACUACACAUUCAUUUUCAUGGAUGAUUUUUCUUGUUCUCUUGAUGAUUUUUUCCAGUUACCUUCUGAUUGGAUUUGGUUUUUUAUAUAUCUUCUACACAUCUAUGGUAGUGAUGAUUUUCUCUACUUUUCUCUAUAUUGUAUCAAAUCACAAAUCACUAGUACAUGUUGAUAAAUUUUUAGAAGAAAAAUUUGUAAGUUGUGAUGAUGAAGAAGAAGAGGAAAGUAAUUCAAAUCAAUUUGAAACGGUUGCAUCUACUGAUGAACCGUUGCAAAAUGAAGCACUGGAAAAAUUUAAUAUCGAUGAUGUUUCUGAUUACACGACUGUGUCACAAGAUUUGGUGUCAGAAAGUGAAAACAAAGAUCACCAGUCAACUUCUGAGACAUCUGAAGUUGAUUGGAGAUUCGGAUUUAGAUAUGAUUUAGAUCACAAUCAAAGCAUUGAUUACUCAGAUGGAUCAAUUUCUGAUGAAGAAAGUCUCAUAGAAAUUGAACUUCUUCCAAGUGGACAUUAUGUGGAUGGUAAGAACUUUUUCAGUGAACAAAGUGUAAUGGAAUUGUUAUCAGAAUUCAAUGAAGUGAGUGAGGAAGAAAACUUUAUAGAGAUUGAUAUAUCCAUGGGUUCCAUCAAGUAUUCAAGGUUUGAAAUUAAAGCAUGAUUUUAAUAAUUAUCACUAUCAUUAUAUAUAGUAAUAGUACUUUUUUGAAACUACUAAUCUUAUGUGUUGUUAUUUGCUUCAUAGACUUUGGUUACCUAUUAAAGUUCAUGUAUUAUUUAUCACUGCUUUUUGACUUGUUAAUUAAUUAAAGUUGUAAAAGCUUGUUGUACCUA